AAGCAGCCCACAACUGCCUCGGCUCUCAGAGGAGGCUGAGCUUCUGCGAGGACUCAUCUGAGAGCAGACCCCGCCACCUGUUUGUCCCUCCGACAUGGAACCGAAGCGGAUCAGGGAGGGUUACCUUGUGAAGAGGGGGAGCGUGUUCAACACCUGGAAACCCAUGUGGGUUGUAUUGUUAGAAGAUGGAAUUGAAUUCUAUAAGAAGAAAAGUGACAACAGCCCCAAAGGAAUGAUUCCCCUGAAAGGAAGCACAUUGACCAGCCCUUGUCAGGACUUUGGGAAAAGGAUGUUUGUGUUUAAGAUCACUACGACCAAACAGCAGGACCACUUCUUCCAAGCAGCCUUCCUGGAGGAGAGAGAUGCCUGGGUUCGGGAUAUCAAGAAGGCCAUUAAAUGCAUUGAAGGAGGCCAGAAGUUUGCGAGGAAAUCCACCAGGAGGUCCAUUCGGCUGCCAGAAACCAUUGACUUGGGUGCCUUGUAUUUGUCCAUGAAAGACGCUGAAAAAGGAGUAAAAGAACUGAACCUAGAGAAGGACAAGAAGAUUUUUAAUCACUGCUUCACAGGUAACUGUGUCAUUGAUUGGCUGGUUUCCAACCAGUCCGUUCGGAAUCGCCAGGAAGGCCUCAUGGUUGCCUCCUCCCUGCUCAGUGAAGGGUACCUACAGCCUGCUGGAGAGCUGUCCAAGAAUGCAGCAGACGGCAUUGCUGAAAACCCUUUCCUGGACAACCCCGAUGCCUUCUACUACUUUCCAGACAGCGGGUUCUUCUGUGAGGAGAAUUCCAGCGAUGAUGACGUGAUUCUGAAAGAAGAAUUCAGAGGGGUCAUUAUCAAACAGGGAUGUUUACUGAAGCAGGGGCAUAGGAGGAAAAAUUGGAAGGUGAGGAAGUUCGUUCUGAGAGAAGACCCUGCAUAUGUGCACUACUACGACCCUGCUGGGGGGGAAGAGCCCCUGGGAGCGAUUCACUUGAGAGGCUGCGUGGUGACUUCAGUGGAGGGCAACCCAGAUGGCAAGAAGAGUGAAGAAGAGAACCUCUUUGAGAUCAUCACGGCGGAUGAAGUUCAUUAUUUCUUGCAAGCGGCCACCCCCAAGGAGCGCACCGAGUGGAUCAAAGCCAUCCAGGUGGCCUCUCGGACUGGGAAAUGAGGGCACACCUGCAGCUCCUCAUCACGCUCCCAAGGGAACUCCACGGAUAAACUCGGUCCAGGGCCUGUCCACUUCUGGUGACAAGUCAACGAGAACCGGCCCAGGGGUGGGGAAUUUUCAUCUGCAGGGGUUCCGAAUGUAACUAACCACAUGCCGCGUGAUGUUCACCUGCCCAGACCACAUCGCUCCCUUAAGUCUUUCUGCCACUCUCCGCACCCCACACACAAGCUGUGUGGCCUGGUGUGCCGCUUAAUCUCUCCAGGCCUCAGGUGCCUUUUCUGGAAAACACAAGAAUUGAAUUAGAAGAUCCCUGAGGGCCUCCCUAGCUUAAAGACCCAAAGCCCUGUGAUUCUAAUACCCAUGGAAGUCAAAGUGCUUCCACUUGUCCAGCUGAUGUCCCUCCUUGGCUAAGUCUUAGCCCUCAGAACCUGAGACAACUCUUCUCUUUAAAACUGUUCCCAAUCUGUCCUAAGAGUACUAGGCAGAAACCUCUUCUGUUCUCUUUCGCCACCUUGCCUUGUUCUUGGCCACGAGAUCACGUAUCAGAAUGAAGGAGAACUCUCUUCUUCCUUCCUCACUCCACCCAGAAAGCUGCUGAGAGCCAGCGCUGCAGUGGUGACUUGGGUUGAAGCCUUCUAUCACUUACUCCACCCUGGACAGUUCUGUCUUCUGAGAAAAAGACCUGGAAAAGCCAAGAGUAACUGAGGGUCCUUUCCAUGCCUUGCAGUCACUCAGCCUAGUGGUAUUCCACUCUCACUUGAGGCUGAUCUGAGAAGAGUCUAUCUUUGUCCCUUUCUGGAGCAUUUCUCUACCACUUAUAAUUAGGAGGAUCUCCAAAUCUUCAAGAUUCUGUUUCAUUUGGGUGUUUGCAGAAAAAAGUGGGCAGAUGGCUUCCCUCCAUGGGUUCUCUCCAUGGGUGGUGGGCCUGGGCACCUGGCUGGCUAGUGUGUCCCCUGCAGCUGCAGAGGGGGCAGGGCUGGACCACAGGCUGGCAGAUUGAAUGAUGGGUUUAUAUGAAGACAGCGCUGAAGGGACUUCAGUCCAUUCAGAGCUCGCGGAGGUGGCCCUGAACAUUGUGAGCACCUUCAGUUCUCCAGUUGAUGACACUGUGAUUGUGCCUGAGCUUUAAGCGCAAGCUGUAGCAGCUCCUGCUUGGCCUUUGAGGGGCCUCAUGAACCCACCAACCAGGGUGGUCUGACCUAGAUUCAAACUGGGUACCUGUUUUCAGUUUUUGACCUUGUCCACUAAUAAGUGAUUCUAAUCCAAACUUGCAUGUGUGUGAAGGAGUACUUUCCAACUUCAGAUUUUUAAUUGUAAGGCCCCCGUGAGGAAAGAAGAGUAGGAAAUUCUUCCUGAUUUUAUCAACUCCUUUCUUUCCCUCCCCUAAUUCCACACAAUUUCCAUGAGACUAUUCCUACUCCUCGAUGGCUUUAUCAAUGGCCUAAUGAUAAAAGACUGUCUUUUCUCUGAUUCUUUAAUCAACUGUCUCUUAGAACACACACAGUAGUUUUUCUACAUUCCGUGUGAAAAGUAUUUAUUAAUGUGGAGUCGACUUUAUGUUUUGAAAUAAACAUGACCAAGUUUAGUGUC